UUACUCUGCUCCAUCACCACCCCCAAAUACUUCACACAAAACAAAAAUGGCGCCAAAAUCCCACACUUCCAAUUUCCGAGUCGCCGUUUUUCUCCUCCUCCUAUUUUUCCGUCCAAUUUCCGGCGGCACCAAACACGACUACCACGACGCUCUUCGCAAGAGCAUUCUCUUCUUCGAAGGCCAACGCUCCGGCAAACUCCCCCCCGAUCAACGCGUCAAAUGGCGUAAGGACUCCGCAUUGCACGACGGCGCCUCCUUCGGUAGGGAUUUAACGGGAGGAUAUUACGACGCCGGAGAUAACAUUAAGUUCGGAUUCCCAAUGGCAUUCACGGCGACGUUACUGUCAUGGAGCAUAAUCGAUUUCGGAAGAAACAUGGGACCGGAGCUAAAAAACGCCGUUAAAGCAGUUAAAUGGGUGACGGAUUAUUUAUUAAAGGCGACGGCAGUACCUGGCGUCGUUUAUGUUCAGGUAGGCGACGCGUAUUCGGAUCAUAACUGUUGGGAAAGACCUGAGGACAUGGAUACGCUACGAACGGUGUACAAGAUCGACGCCUCUCACCCUGGAUCUGACGUGGCGGGUGAAACUGCUGCUGCAUUGGCUGCUGCGUCCAUUGUGUUUAGAUCACGUGAUCCUGCUUACUCUAGAUUACUUCUCGAUCGAGCCGUUAAGGUGUUCGAUUUUGCUGAUAGACACAGGGGAGCGUACAGCAACAGCCUACGUUCAGCAGUGUGCCCUUUUUACUGUGAUGUAAACGGUUUCCAGGAUGAGCUACUAUGGGGAGCAGCAUGGCUGCACAAAGCUUCUCGCAGGCGCCAUUAUAGAGAGUAUAUAGUGAAAAACGAGGUCGUAUUGCAUGCUGGAGAUACCAUCAAUGAGUUUGGCUGGGAUAAUAAGCAUGCUGGUAUUAACGUCCUUAUCUCCAAGGAAGUGUUGAUGGGAAAAGCAAACUAUUUUCAGACUUUCAAGCAAAACGCAGAUGCUUUCAUUUGUUCUUUAUUGCCUGGAAUUUCUCAUCCGCAAGUUCAAUAUUCUCCCGGUGGCUUGAUCUUCAAGGCUGGAGGGAGUAACAUGCAACAUGUAACGUCCUUGUCUUUCCUGCUUCUGGCUUAUUCUAAUUAUCUUAGCCAUGCCAAUAAAGUCGUGCCAUGUGGCCAGAUUACUGCCUCCCCUGCCCUCCUCAAACAAUUGGCCAAACGUCAGGUGGACUACAUACUUGGAGAUAAUCCAUUGGAGAUGUCCUACAUGGUUGGAUAUGGACAAAGGUACCCACAAAGGAUCCACCACAGGGGAAGCUCGUUACCAUCAGUUCAGGCCCACCCGGCCCGUAUAGGGUGCAAAGCUGGGUCUAGAUAUUUUCUAAGUCCAAAUGCCAACCCUAAUGUGCAUAUUGGAGCAGUAGUUGGUGGGCCAAAUGUCACAGAUGCUUUUCCAGAUUCCAGGCCAUAUUUUCAAGAGUCUGAGCCCACUACUUACAUUAAUGCACCUUUGGUGGGCCUGCUGGCAUUCUUUUCAGCCCAUUAUUAAUUGGCUGCCCCCAUUUUAAAGUGUAAAAAGAGGAUGAAGAUAAAAGAAAAAUGAUUUUUAGUGGUGUGCAAAAAUUGGUCACCCUGCUGCCUUAUGUAAGUCCUACCUAUUAUUGUUAAAGAUUUCAAUUGUUCCUAAUGAAAAGAAAGAAAGUUGUUUGUGCUAA